AUAGUUAUUCCAUACUCUACGUACAUUACUGUAUGAAUGAAUGAUAAGAUAAGGAAUUAUUUUUCCAGGUCUGUCGCUCUAAACAUUUUACUGGCGAAUCUUGGUGGGUGGUUAUCGCCAAGGAAGCAGACAUUUUCAAUACCAUUUAUCUCUUCUUUUGCCACUACAAUCAUACGCCAUGAAGCGCAAGUUGGACGAAAAUAAUGCGCCGGUAUUAACUGCCGAUACAGAAACAACAAGUGCAGGAGCGACAUCCAGCACUUUCGCGAAUCUCGGCUUAGACAGUAGACUCCUUCAAGCCACAGCAAGCCAGGAUUGGCAUACACCUACUUUGGUUCAGAGCAGAGCCAUCCCCUUAGCCAUUGAUGGUUGCGAUGUGUUAGCAAAGGCGAAAACGGGAUCGGGGAAAACCGCCGCCUAUACAUUGCCUAUACUCCAGGCCAUCCUCAAGCGAAAGCAGACAUCAUCAGAUUCCUAUACAGCAGCCCUCAUCCUGGUCCCUACAAACGAACUAGUGACCCAAGUUGCCAAAGUGCUUGAAUCUCUCACCUCUUUCUGUUCUAGAGAGAUCAAAAUCUCUAAGCUAUCCGACAAACUCUCCGAUGCCGCACAACGAGCAGUCCUCUCCGAUUCGCCGGACGUCGUAGUCGCAACCCCUGCAAGAGCAUGGCAUAACGUCAAGAACUCUACUCUGUCUUUGGAAAAACUCACACAUUUGGUCCUAGACGAGGCAGAUCUUGUGCUGUCAUACGGCUAUGAUGAAGACCUACAAAACGUCGCAUCAUCGCUGCCGAAGGGACUACAAACAACUCUCAUGAGUGCGACAUUGACCCCCGAAGUCGAUACCCUAAAAGGACUCUUCUGUCGGAAUCCAACAAUUCUAGACCUAGAAGAGCCUGACGAGGACGGAGGAGGAGUAUCGCAAUACGUAGUAAAGUGCGGCGAGGAUGAGAAAUUUCUUCUCAUCUAUUGCAUGGUUAAACUUGAAUUGGUGAAAGGAAAGGCGAUUAUAUUUGUUAGCGAUGUCGAUCGAUGCUAUCGGCUUAAGCUGUUUUUCGAGCAAUUUGGCAUCCGAAGCUGUCUAUUAAAUUCCGAGCUACCGGUCAAUUGUCGAAUACAUGCUGUCGAAGAGUUCAACAGAGGUGUCUACAACAUCAUCAUCGCCUCUGACGAAAACGAAGUGGUGGGCGAUGAGAAAGAUCAACCGAAACCGGACAGCGGAGAAGUUGCAAAUGACGGCGAAACCUUAGAAACUAAUGGGCAAGACACCACCCUUGCCCCGCGAACGAAGAAGCGCAAGUCCUCGCGGCGUGACAAGAAUUACGGAGUGUCACGAGGAAUUGACUUCAAGAAUGUUGCAGUGGUCAUCAAUUUUGACCUUCCGUUAUCUUCUCGCUCGUACUUACACAGAAUUGGGCGGACGGCGCGCGCCGGGCAAACAGGCAUGGCGUUGUCUUUCGUUGUUCCGAAAGAAAAAUUCCGGAAACACAUGCCUACAAGCAUCGAAACAGCAGAAAACGAUGAGAAGGUGUUAACUAAGAUUAUCAAGCAGCAAGCCAAGAAAGGACAUGAGGUUAAGCCUUAUAGCUUUGACAUGAAGGCAGUUGAGGCAUUCCGAUAUCGAAUGAACGAUGCCCUAAGGGCUGUUACGAAAGUCGCUGUUCGAGAAGCUCGACUACGAGAACUCAAACAAGAACUACUCAAAAGCGAAAGCCUGAAGCGCCAUUUUGAGGAAAACCCCUUGGAGGUGCGACAUCUCCGACACGAUGUCGAACUCCGAACAACAAGGAGUCAACCUCAUCUCAAGCACGUACCUGAUUACCUGUUGCCAAAAGACGGAAAGAAGGCCAUCACGCCGAACGAAGUCGGAUUUGUGCCGUUCAAGAAGGUCCUUGAUGGUAAGGGUAAGAGAAGCAAAAUUUUCAAGAGCAAGGGCAGGAGGACAGGUGGUCGCAGGAGUGACCCCUUAAGAUCAUUCAAGGCAAGGUCUAAGACUAAGUAAGCUGAUGUUAGUUCAGUUUAGGUGAGAUAUAUCUUGCCAUUAUUCUCUCUUAGCUAGGCUCAUAACCGCAGAUACCCAUCAAUACAGAAAAACAUUCUAACAAUAUUGGCGCGUAUAUGCGUUGCAAAAAUUUUAC